AUGGCGCGACUGAGGUUCCCCGGUCGUCCUGGCUGUAGAUUUGGCCGAUUAGGUGUCCGAUAUGGUGCCGAUGAGGCUGAUAAUUUCCAGGAUCCCGUGUUAGCAUGGGUUGCUAAUAUACACAGAGGAUUGCGACAAUUCAGAGAACUAUGCGGGGAAUCUGAUGAGGAUGAUGAGUUUCAAGGGUUUACUGUUCAGGAUGUCAGAGCUGCUGAAAAGAAACUCUCAAAAUAUGAGGCCGACUUGUAUGGAGAGGAAGAAGAAACCACUGUUUCCACUGUUUCUCCCGACACUAGCUUUAGUCCAACAUCAACACCAACCAUAUCAACCAGGUUUACUAAACAGAAGGAGAGUAUUGAAAAUUUACCUACAUCUGAAAGGACUAGGAAUAGGCAAAAAACAGUCAUUCCCCGUUCAUACAAAGACUUACUUAAGAAAGGAAUCACUAAACCUACAAAGUCUUAUGUUGUAAAGUCGCGUAAAGAUGUAGUUACUCCACAAGCAGAAACAAGGCAUGCACUUGCAUCCUACCACAAAAUGCCAAAGGUUGUCUCCCCUGAAAUGCGUAAAUUUUAUGAACAAGGUUACAGAAUCAGAUUAUCAGGGCGGUUUAAGGGAUCAAGAGUGAUAUUUGGAGUCGGUCUACCUAAAUAUUUAAAUAUUGUGACUCGUAAAUCAUAUGUUUCUAUAGGUUCCCCAUCUAGUUCCAUUGACCAUAUAGAUGAUUCACCAGAACAGUACUAUCUGAAGCCAUACAAAAAGAGGAAAGAACGAGAUAAGAAAUUUACAGUUGUUAGUUCUAUAGCUAAAAAAGGUAGCAAAAACAUUGCAAAGUCUUUACUUGACAAGGCUAAGAAAGGUAAAGACGAUUCUGCAGCGAAGAAACACAAAUUACCGCCAAAGAAAAAGCAGUUUGUAUUACCAACACAAAGUUCAAGGUCAUCAAGAGUCAUUAUACCAACCAAAAGAUUUAUAGAAGACGAAAUUAGCCCUAUAACCAAGAAAAAGAAAGAAAACCUCUUUGAUACUUCAUUAACAUCAAGUUUUAAACAACCAUUUACAUCACCAUCAUCACAGAAAAAAAUGGACAAACUUACAAUUCAGACGGACUUUCCAAGCACUGCAGGAUUUGGCUCAUUUUCUCCAAGUAUAUACAGAAAAGCUAGUCUAUUUGACCAGCCAUUGAUUACUGAAGGUAAAAGAGAGAGAAGACCGAGUCAAAAAGUGAAAAUGGUUGAAGGAACAGAAAAUGAAUAUAAAAGUCCUUUUAGAUCUGAUGACUUCAAUGAGGCAAGGAAGGUCCAUUUAACACCAUCAAAACUUGGUCAAAGUUUGCAUUCUCCAACAUUGUCACCCCCAAUUAUAAUGGCACCACCUAAAUUUGGUAGCACACCAUUUAGAUCACUUACACAGCAAAACAUUGAAGUAGAGGCUACAAAACGUAGUGGACAUAAUAUUCUACGGAAAGCUAAAUUACAGCUAAAUAGAGCAGCGCUGAAUAGGUCUAAGGCAGCAUUAGCUAAAUCAUUGAAGAAAGAAAUGAAGAGGGAGGAGAAAAAUAAGAAGAGAUUAGAUGAAUCUGCUUUAGGUUAUUCUACAUAUACUGGAGGAUCUCAGACCUACAUGGACAAAGAAGGACCUGAAAAUGAUCCUGAUCAAAACACAGAAAAGAUAUAUACCUGUAAAGUGUGUGGAGCUACAAGUAAUAAUAGAAACAAUAUGAUAAGAGGUGCAAUAUGUAAUCCUUGUUAUAAAUGGCAUAAACGAGAUCCAGCCUUGGGAAGAGAACCCUGUCAGAACAAAGGAACUUGUGACAAUUCGAUACCAAACAAAUCUCUGUGCAGACCAUGCAAAUACAGAAAGGCGUGUACAGUAUAUUUUACAUCAGCUGGGAAACCAGUUCCAAAAUUCCGAAUAAAAAUAUCUAAACAUGGAGUUAAACUAAAACACUCUAGUUCUUUAAAGUCUCCACUAAGAAGUACUGAGGGAAAAAAAUUAAUUGAUGACAUUGUGACCCUCAAGAAAGAAGAAAAGAAACAACCUACAUAUUUAGAAAUGAUGCAUACCUCUGUUGGAGAGCUAAUGGAUCUAGAUGAACCCCCUUCUCCAUCAUCUCCUGUACAACCAACAGAUACAGGAGAUCAAAGUGAUGUCACCACAUCACCAGAAAGUCAUACCUCACCACAAUCUAAUGCCAGAGGUCCUCGCAUCAAACAUGUAUGUAGGAAGGCAGCUGUUGUGCUUGGUAAAACUGUAGCUAAAUUUCCACAGACCGAACUGACACUUAGUGCCUUGCCCAAGGGAGAGAAGAAGAAAUUACUAAAGCAAGAUGAACUGGACAAAGCAGCGUAUUCAGAUGAUGAGAAAACUAUAGAAGAGAUUAUCCAGGAUGCUGAGGAGGGACAGGAUACUUUUAUUAGGUCACCACCUGUCAAAGUUAUACCAAAACUGAAAAUGCACAAAACAACACCACAAGCACACCAACCAAGUGACACGAUGUUUAAAAAAAGCAAACGUAAACUAAGAUGCAGAAAUUGUGUCAACUGUCUAAAAGCAGAUUGUGGAAAGUGUCGAUAUUGCUUAGACAAACCUAAGUUUGGUGGGAGAGGUGUUAUGAAACAAGCAUGUAUGAAGAAAAAUUGUUUAAGUCCUCACUUCUAUAAAGCUGGUACAACACUGGUGGCGUUAAAAGAUGACACACAAGGUGAUAAUAAUCCUGGACACAGUUCUGAAAUGAACAACAACAAUGGUAAUACUGGUAAAUCCUGUCUUAAUGUGCUAGGAAGAUUUGGACAGAAAACUAGAACAACUUCAUCAACCAAUCAGCAAGCAGAUGCUAAUAAUGAUGGUCAGUCGUCCGACAAAACACCAGCUGCCAUUAGUCGUCAGUUACAGUUUGGUGGAAAUUCACAAGGCAGUCAUCAUCAGUUAUCAAACAUUUCACGAGCGUCCAGAUCACAGAGUACUGGUCGAUUUUCUACGAAGUUACCACCUAUGCCAGCAGGAAGAAAUGAAUUAUCAUUAACACAGCGUAAUAGAAAUACUUCUAUCCGGUGGUCAAGUCUUCGACCAGAAAACCAGGCACAGCAUCGUGUCAAAGCUGAUUUCAAGGAAAUCUACAAUGUGUGGUCAGCUUGGCAGUUUGGUGUAUCGUUAACAGUGGCCAAUCCAUUAUGCUGUAGAACUCUUUGUUUUCUUUGUGGAAGUGCAGGAAAACAUGAGUUUUUUUACUGCAAUGUUUGUUGUGAACCUUUCCAUGAGUUUUGUUUAGAUGAGAAUGAAAAACCAUCAUCAGAUAAUUUAGAGAACUGGGUUUGUCGGAAAUGUCAGUUUUGCACUGUCUGUGGGCAGCAGAAAAAUCUAUUGAAAUGUGACAAGUGUCAGAAUACCUACCAUCCAGAAUGUCUAGGUCCAAAUUAUCCUACAAAACCUUCAAAGAAGAAAAAUAUAUGGAUUUGUACAAAAUGUGUAAAGUGUAAAAGUUGUGGUGCUACAACUCCUGGGUCUGCUAGCAAUGCUACCUGGACAUAUGAUUUCCAACUGUGUCAUGUAUGUGGUCAGCUGAUGGACAAAGGAAAUUUUUGUCCAAUUUGUCAUAAGUGUUAUUCUGAUGACGACUGGGAUUGUAAAAUGGUACAGUGUGCUAAAUGUGAUAGUUGGGUCCAUGCAAAGUGUGAAGGGCUUUCAGAUGAGAUGUAUGAGCGAGUAUCAUGCUUACCAGAGGAUGUGCAUUAUAUUUGUCGGAUGUGUGCAGGCCACAGGACACGACAUUGGGAACUAGUUUUACGAGAUGACUUUAUAGCAGGGAUUAAGUCUAUAUUCUACUCAAUUUAUCAUGCCAAGUGUUCCAAAGUCCUUGAAAUUGAAAAUAAGAAACCUGACACUGAAAAGAAAAUAAUAGUAGAUGAAAGUAGUAAUGACUCCUCGUCCAGUAAGGAGGUCAGUUCUGAUACCAAUUCUGUUGCCAUGGAAACUGACAAAACUUUAAAAUUGGAUGCAAGUGUAAAAAGUAAUAGUUGUUUAACUAACUGUGAAGGAAAUAUGAACAAAGAUAAUUCUGUGGCAGUUUCUGAUAACAGUGAUAGUAAAAUAGAAAUUGUUGCUAUGGAAACUGAUAAUAAGGGAGAUGAGUCUUUGUUAAACUGUGAUUCUGAGGUUGUUAAUGUCUGUGAUAAAGUUUCUGAGAGUGAUAUUACUGCUAUAACAAAACAGUUAGAUGAACCAGAUGGCAGUAAAUCCUAUGUUUUAAAGAAUACUGCUGAUGUAGAAUUAUUUAUUAAGAAUUUAGAAGGUUUAGUGAAGAACAGAGCAUCUUCAGAACAUCAAUCAAAUCAAACAAGUACAGUUCAGACUACUGAACAAAAAUUAGUUCAAUCAAGUGCAGAAUCUAUUAUGGAACAAAAAUCAUUACAAACUGCAGUGCCUACUCCUGAACAAAAUUCAAUUCAAAGUACAGUAACUUCUACAGAACAGGAAUCAUGUCAAUCUAGUUUAGUGACUAUUUCUGAGAACAAACCAUUAAAGAAUACUGAAUCAAUAGCAUUACCUAAUACUAGUCCAAGUAUAUCUACUGAAUCAAUGGCAUUACAAAGUGUUGGUCAGAGUAUAUUGACCGAAUCAAAGGCUUUAUCAAUUGUUGGUCAAUGUAUAUCUACACAAACACCUACAGACAAUCAUAGUGAAAAGUCAAUACGACUGAGUGUUGAUAGCAAUUCAAGUUUAGCUAGUAGUAGUCAGAGCGAUGUUGUACAUAAAACACCAGACAAGAAAGGAGCUGUGGUACGUUUCGCAGAAACUUUACCAAAGGUUGUACCUACCAGGAAUUAUCCUAAAGAUCUCAUGACAGUCCGACAGAAAAUUAUAGACGGAGGAUAUUUAAAUGUGGAAGAGUUCAGUGAGGACAUAGCAUUUAUCAUAGAGUCAGCAUUAACAGAUACAGAAGAAAAUAGCGUUGUCAGGAAAAAAGCUAUUAAUUCUGUUAGAUCCAUAUUUGUAAAACAAAUGGAGAAGUGUUUUCCCUGGUACAAUGUAAAAGCCUGCAGGAUGUGGGAGCAUAACAGAUGUCUUCCUCAAAACAUGUUGCCAGAUGCUGUAAUUCCACCAUUUGAAGACCAUUCAUAUGCCCAGUGGUUAGAGAGAGAAAGUAUGCCAUCUUCACCACAGCCAUCACCAUUCAAGAAAGUUUUAGAGACACCUGUUAAGAAACUCCUUCCAUUAGUUGACCCAGAAGAAGAGGGAGAGAAAGUUUUAUCGUCAGAUCUGGCAGAUGAUGGACAGGACACGAGGAGAUGUAUUCUCUGUUGGCACUAUGGUGAUGUUGAUCCUAAUAGAGAGGGAAGGUUGUUGUACACAGGUCAAGAUGAUUGGGUCCAUAUAAACUGUGCCUUGUGGUCAGCUGAGGUUUAUGAGCAAGGUCGAGAUGGUUCAUUACAGAAUGUUCAUGAAGCUGUGUCAAGGGGCAAAAAGAUGAAAUGUGAUAUUUGUCAGAGAGCUGGAGCUACGGUUGGGUGCUGUACCAGAGGUUGUCCUGCCAAUUACCAUUUUAUGUGUGCUAGAACAGACGGGUGUUUAUUUCAGGAUGAUAAAAAAGUGUUCUGUUCACAACACAAGGAAAAAGUUGAUGGAGAGAUUGUUAUGAAAGACGAGUUUGCUGUAAUGAGAAGAGUAUGUGUUGAUAGAGAAGGCAUGAAAUUCACCAAGAAAAGUUGGACAAAGGGUCUUACUGCUGCUGAAAUCAACAUUCUUAUAGGGUCCUGUACAAUAGAGUCAUUAGGAUAUUUGACAUCUUUAUCUGAUUGUAAAGGUGUACUUCUCCCUGUUGGAUUCAGCUGCACCAGAGUUUACUGGAGUACUAAGCACUCAAGGAAAAGAUGUGUAUAUACCUGUAAGAUCACAGAAUUCCGACCAGAAACUCCAAAGACUCCUGAAGCCACAAUCAUGGAUAUGACUGUCAUACACGAUGUGAAUCAUCCAGAUUAUGUCCCCUUGUCAAAACUUAAUCUCCCAGGCAUAAAUCUGUUUCCACAGAAAACAAGGAAGAGGGCUAGCAUUAUAGAAUUGACUGAUGAUGAGUCUUCUGUUUGCUCCAAUGAAUCCUCACGGACAAUAUCUGAAUCAAGUCUUGACAAGACGCGAUCCAUGUCAGUAGACCGUGAAGAUCCACUAAGUUCGUCAUGGCCAGCACCAAAUAAAAAGCGUAAAAAUGACCAAGUGCCUAUAGAUUUGUCUAUGCUGUCUCCAACAACUUUGCGUCUGCUAAACAAAGAUCCAGAAAAGUACAGAAAUGAAUCGAGAGACCAAAAUAAAUCAAUUAAUAAGAACUUGCCACCUUCUCUGCCAGUCGUCAAUGACAAUCCUCUGGCAGAGAUUGCUAGUAGGUUAAAUAGUGCUGCAGCUAGAAACAGACAGAAGAGUGAAGAAAGGACAAUUGCUGGAAAGACAACAAUAGUCAUUCCUGAUCGUCCAUCUAGUGCUCCCACAUUACCGAGAUCUAGGUCAAACUCUUCUGAACGUCUCAUAUCACCUCCACGAUUGUGUUCAUCUCCUAAAUAUCUACCUCAGGUGCCUGAAUCUGUAGACACUUGUGAUAAUGAUAAACAGGAGGUUCCCAUGGAAACUGACAGUCUUGUAAAGUCUUUUGAUUUAGACAAAAGUUUAGAACCUCUUAUUAAUGAAUUGUCAGGUGAAGAAAAUGCUUUGAUUGUAAUAACUGAGGAAGGUCAGGAAUUAACUGAAGAGGAUUAUGCCAUGAUCGCCGAGUAUAGCAGUGAAAUUCAGAAUAGUUCUAGUGAAGGAUCUGCUGAAAUUGAAGUAAAUAAAGGCAGCAAAAUGACUUCGGAACAGGUCAUUGAUGAACCAGAUAAACAAGUUGAUGAAUUAAGUGUAACACAAAACAGUCGCAGCGAUAGUAAACUUCUCAAAAAUGGUCAGCCUUCUACUGAAUCUGGCAGUACAGUCAGUUCAAUUAAACUGUCGUCUAAUACAGAGAUUGUGAAAAGUGGCCAAGAAUUAUCAGUACAGACAAUAAAUGCAAGCACAGAUAUUCCUGUAGAGAACAAUAGUCAAUAUAACACAAAACCUUCAUUGGUUGUUCCAGUGUCGAAUAGUUCAGUCACUCAUGAUCAGUCUGAGCAAAAUAAAACUGUUAAUAUACUACCUGGAAAAGAAUUAUCUGAUGAAGUGCCUGUAAAUCUUCCAGAACAAUCAACUUCAAGAUCUGGAGAAGUGCCAGCAAUUGUGUCAACAAGUUCCUCUUUGCAGAAUAUUGGACUAAGAGAACCUGUCAUUGGUAUAACAUACAGUGAUAGGGAUGAUGGUUCACAAGUCACAAAUCAGAAGUUACAACACAUUGAUCAUACUGAAUCAGAGAAAAGUGGAAGUAUUUCUUUUGCCUCAAGUGAAAUAGGAUGUCAGACAAAUACUGAAUUUGAUUCUGAUGAAGAAGAUGUCAUUGAGAAAGAUGGUAAGAUGAAAAAAGCAGCAAAAGGAGAUUGUCCCGUUCUAGAAAAAGUUGAUAGUUCUUCAGAGGAGUCUUCGCUAGAGAAUGUUGAUGAUGUGGAAUUAAUGCCAGUUCUCACUAUAGAAAGUCCAAUGAAAGAAAAGUUGAAUGUUUCUGUAGAAGAUACUGAAAACGUUAAGAGAAUAUUGAAGAUAGAUGAUAGACAGGAAACUGAUAGUGCAAAAACACUAUUGGAAAGUGAAAGAUUGAAAAUCAGUACACCAGAUGUUGAUUUUAAAGAGAAUAUUUCUGAACCACCAAAAAAUUUUGCUAUGAGAAACUCUGAAACAUAUAUACUGCAUGAAGAAACUGGUGAUUUUAUUCCUAAGGUAGUUUCACCUAUAAAAGAAAUUAUCUCAUUAAGUUCUGAAGAUGAGGUUGAAAAUGUAAAAACUAAGCAUGGUCUUCCUGCAAAAGAUCAGCCUGAAAUAACAAAACCAACCAAGAAUACACCAUCAGGGAAAGAUGAGCAUAAAAGUACAGAAACACACCAGUGUGCACCAUCAAAGGAUCGUAAUGUAUUUGAAGUUUUAAAUUCAUCUGUUGAAACUGACGAAAAUGAAAAGCAGAAAACAGAAAUUCUAAAAGGUUUAGGAUUAGAAAGGACACCCUCACCAAAGCGAGAGAAACAGCCUCGUAAAUCUUAUCCAUUACGUCACAGACAAAUAUUCAGUGAAGAAGAAGCACAGAUGGAAGAGAAACCUCUACAUGACAAAAUAAGUGAAAAGAUAAAAGCUGAGAGCCUUGCUAAGAGUACUCCAGGAGAAGAAGGGCCAUUUAAAUGUCCAACAUGUAAACGACAUUAUAGAACAAAGGAGAGUUAUAACACACAUGUUAGUAGCUGUGAUUUUGAUAUUAGUAGUACUACAGACGAGGAAGAGGAACCUGAGCCUACUUCUAGGGAAGGAAGAUACCCCAUGAGAGGAACAACCAUCGCCCAGACUGUUGUUAGUCAGGUUGAUGAACAAGAAAGAAAAUCUAGCACAAAAAAACCUGGAAGGCCAGGUCCAAGAUACAAUAUGUCACCAAAAGUUGUAUUAGAUCGUUUAUCGCCAUCUAGAUGCAGUAUCUCGGUAAAGACAUCUAAUUCUAAUCUGAAAGAGUCUACUUCAAAGACUACAGCGAUCAAAAGAGGAAGAGGUAGACCCCCAAAAAUUGCUGCUACUCCAACAGAUGAUGAACAGGCUGAAGAACUUUCAGAUUUAAUGCAGGAGAGCGAAGAGUUGACCACAGCUUCAGAAAAGGAAAAGAGAAAGAGGGGAAGACCUCCUUUACAUAAAACACCUGAAAUAAAGUCAGAUUCAUCACAGCAGAGUAUAGAAUUGUCAAGUCUAGAACAAGAUACUGAAAAGAGAAAGAGAGGCAGACCUCCUUUACAUAAAAUUUCAGAAAGUACUGCAAAAAGUGAAUCAUCAAAUGACAGUACUUCUAUGUCGGAACAAUCUACACCAAGAGGUAGAGGACGUCCCCCGAAGUCAUCUAUAGUUCAGUCUAAAAUAAGCAAUAUAAGAGAUAAGUACAGGAAACAUCAGCGAUCCAAAAGUGAUGGACUGAUAGCAACCAAAAAGCACGAUAUCUCAGAAGUGUCUGACAAUCCUUAUGCAAGGCAAUAUUUGUUCAAGAAAACAAGCCUCAAUUACAAUACAAAACAGAGUCUUCUCAGUUCCUCUAAAAUUUCCAGACGAUCUCUGCAAUUAAUGUCUCGUAAAUCAUCAGCUCAGACUACAAGGAGACGUCACUUUACCGAUUCAGAGUCUGUAAACAUGAAAUCUGUUUCUAAGAGAAGAGUUAGCAGUGCUUCUUCGUCUUCUAAAGAUUUAGAUAAGUCAGCUAAUGAUCAAGAGUUAGACAACAUGGAGAAAUUAGCUAGUCUGGAAAAACAAAUUAACCGCAAAAGAGGUAGACCAAGGAAGAAGCCUUUGGGUUUUAAAUCUGACAUAGAGGUUGAUCCAGACAAGUCUGAUCAUUCUGAAGUGAAAGAAGAAGUUUGUGAUGAAAAAAAUGACAAGAUUAGCAGUAAAGAUGACAAAGUAGAUGAUCAAAGUGACAUCUAUGAUAACAUGGAAGUUAAAAAUAGUGAUGAGAAAGAAAUUAAGAAUAAACAGGAAAUAGAAAGUGAAACAGACAGCAAAUCUGAUGAAAUCUGCAGCAAGAAAGAUGUUCAAAAUGAGUCUGAUACCAAAUCAGAUAUUUGUAGUAAAGUUGACAACAAAACUGAAACUAAAGCUGAAGUUGAAAAUACAUUGGAUACAGAGGUUGAUGGAAAAUCAGAUAUAAAUUCAGAUACUGAAACUCUCUCAGAUCAGGAAAUGAAAAAUGAAGAUAUAUCUGAUAUGGAGGAAGCUUUAGAUAAAGAGAUCAAACAAGAAAUCCUUGAUGAGGAAUAUCUAAUUGAUACAACUGAAGUAAAGCCUGAGAAAGAAGUAAUUGAAAAUAAGGAUGUAAUUCCACUAGAACCAAAAGAUAUAGAACAGAAAGAUGUAAAAUCUACUGAAAUAGAUGGCAAUUCCCUUAGUAAAGAUGACCAAAGCUCAUCUGUCAAGACUGUUUCUGAAAUUUUAGGCUCUGCUGCAAGACCACUUGUUAUUGAUGAUGAUGACGAUGAUCAACCCAUUAGGGAAGUUAAACCCAAAUAUAAAGCAAUAAAGAAACGUGAGAAGACGCCUAGAAAAUCAUUUGAAGAUGAAAGUAAUGUUGCCUCUUUAAAAUCAUCUCCAGCAGUCAAAGCAUUGUCACAGUUCUUGGCACAGAAAGAAAAAACUCCACCAAAAAAUGAACCUGUGACUAACCUAAAAACUGGACGAUCUGCAUGUUCCUUUCAGGAAUUAUUAAAAGAUAAACCAUCUAAUAUUCAUACUCCUCGUUUCGAUUCCAGUAGAAAACCAUCCCCUCAACAAUUAACUCAGACAAGAAGGGCAUCAGAGGAGCUGAAACACAGUCAAGAUAUUGGGACUGGUACCAGUUCACCAAGAUCACGCCAUUCCUCUGGGCAUUCUACCGAUGAAAGGAACAUUUUCCAAUUGCUAAACAAGGGUUCUCCACCAAAAUUAAAUAGUGGAAGUGGUGGCUCUUACAAUGCAAUAAAACCUGCAGCAGAGUAUGGCCAGUCUCAGCAGCCAUCUGUUAGAGGACCUCCUCCCUUGAUGACACCCUCAUUAAUUGGUAUCCAUAAUCCUAAUUUAGCCAGUAAUCCAGCACAUUCACUGACAGCAUUCCAGCAACUUCAACAGAACAUGCCACAUGCCAUACAACAAAUACAGCAGAUGCAUAGUAGAUCAACCCCAGCUAUAAUACCAUUAACACAAGCAAUGUCAUCACAGAUGGACAUUUCACAUGUAGGUGCAGAAAGACCAGGUCCAGCUCCAUUUGACAUGAAUCUGCACAUUAACCGAAUGAUUAUGGAAACAUCAAUGGCAGCAGGUCCACUACAUCAAAGGCAGGUUCUGCAACAAAUGAUAUUGAAUGAGUCGGCUAAUAAUGGCAAAGCACCUGAAACACAGCAGACUUCUCAAAUACAUACACAAGCUGUUCAAAGUCCAAUAACAACCCCACAAGCAUCAUCAGGUUCAUACAGCAGAUCUGGUCGGCAUACUCCAGUAUACAACUUGCCACCACCACAGAACCAAAGUCCAACAACUCCAGUAUCUACACCAAAUAAGAGUCCUGUAUUAUCAAGGAUACCAGAUUUAUCACCUGGUUCAUACCACAGUGUAGGUCAGUGUGGAAUUAAGCAAACUCCCAUAUACAACCUGCCACAAAACCAAAGGCCAACAACUCUUGUAACUGACCACCUGAAAAAACCACCAGUUAAUAGUAAACUUAUUCCUUUGACACAAUUAAUGGAAGCAGGUCUUCAGUCUAAAUUAAUUAUUCCAAAGGUAUCCAUUCAAUCAGCAUCUUCAUCUCCCGAUAGUCUGCAGUCAUCACCACUUCAUCAACUUAGCCGUCCAUCGUCAUCACUAGCAGUCAGUCGUCCACCAUCAACUUCUCCAGUCAGUCUUCCCCAGUCAACAUUGCCUUUAGCUCUACCUCAACAGAAACAAGGUGGUGCCAAACCCAACACUAUUGUACGCAUAUUUGUGGAUGGCAAACCGGUUGCCUUGACCACAGAUCCAACUGUCCUUCAGGAUCAUACAGCAUUAUUGAACAAACUUGGAGGCGGUCAGAUUCAGAGUGGAACAUAUUCUGUCACAGUUUCAGCUCACCGUGUUCCGUCGACCAAUUCAAGUCCUGUGAAUACGAGUGGUGUGAACAACCAGCUACCAAGAGUUCCAGCAAUACAGCCAAUAGUUCCAAUGUCCCAAAAUGAUCAGUUCUCUCCAUGGAAAGCCCCUGGAAAUGUUCCAGAUUCAGGCAAGCAUAUGACAAUUUCAUCAGCCAUUAAAGAUGCGUUGGAUAGUCACUUAGUGUCAAAACUAUCUUCUAAUGAGGUGUCUCCUUCAAAAUCGAACCAAGUAUUAUCAUCUCUCUUGAGUAGGCAGAGAAACCUCAAUCAUCAUAGCUAUUCUAAAAAUUCAUUAAUGCCUAGAAAUGUGCAGGAGCUGAUAAAGAGGUUGCCAUUACCAGACAGACCAAUAUCUUCCAUAUCUGUCCAACCAAAAGUCAUGACCUCUUUUGUGAAAAAACCUGAUGGAACCAUUCAGAAAAAGACAUUGGUCAAGCCAAUGAUAGUAAAUCGCAAAAGACCAGCCAUCAAUCCAAUCAACUUAUCGGGAAGUUCUUUCAAAAAGCCCAUGAUAUCAACCUACCAAGAGAAGAAUGGCACUGUUCAAGGACUACUGUCUAAAGUUUAUAUGAGAAAAUUGGUGAAAGAUGGAUCACCUAAACCAAAGAUGGCCGACAGUAUGCAGCAGACUACACAAACUGGACAUGAAUACUUCAAACGUAGAGGUAGAAAACCCAAGGAUAAAAGUCUAAAGAAGAGGACACCUAGAAAAUCUAAUAUCAGCAAACCACAUGCUGGAGAAAGAUCAGCCCAUCCUAUUAUUCAUGGUCCAAAAGAGGUUACUUCCUUGCCUCAGCCUGCCUUAGAAGAGGAAGUUACUGAAUCCUCCAUGUCAAGCUUUAUGGAACACCAACAGCGAGUUCUGGAAAAGGCUGAGAGGAAAGAUAAGGAUGGUGCACAUCUGAUGUUCGAGAUCACUAGUGAUGACGGAUUCAGUUGCAAAGCGGAAACUAUGGAAGAAGCUUGGCAGCAAGUUACAGAAAGAGUACAGGAUGCAAGAACAACUGCAAGGUUAAAACAUUUAUCUUGUGCAAGUGUACAUGGGGUAAAUAUGUUUGGCGUGAACCACAAUGCUGUACUGUACCUGUUAGAACAGUUAUAUGGAGCCCAGUUAUGUCGUAACUAUAAGUUCAGAUAUCAACAGUAUACUCUCACAGAGGAUGAAGAGGAGCCUGUAGAGAACCCAACAGGAUCCAUCAGAUCAGAGGCCUACCAAUCACGUAAAGAAUUUGAUAUCUUCAGUUUCCUCAUGUCUCAGUAUAGAAGACUACCAGAAAUGGAUUUGACAGAUGCAAAUAGUGAAAUGAAUCUCAAAUCACAGAGGAGAGCUACCAGUAUGGACUUGCCAAUGGCAAUGAGGUUCCGUAAGCUGAAGGAACAUGCAAGAGAGGCUGUUGGAGUAUACAGAUCACAUAUCCAUGGCAGAGGUUUAUAUUGCAAGAGAAAAAUUGAUGCUGGUGAGAUGAUAAUAGAAUACUCUGGGGAAGUAAUCCGUGGUUCACUGACGGACAAGAGAGAAAAGUAUUAUGAGGGGAAGGGUAUUGGAUGUUACAUGUUCCGUAUUGAUGAUGCCGAUGUUGUUGAUGCUACGUUACAUGGAAGUGCAGCAAGAUUCAUAAAUCACUCAUGUGAGCCUAACUGUUAUUCUAAAGUGAUCCAGGUCGAAGGGAAGAAACAUAUUGUUAUCUUUGCCAUGAGACAAAUAAACAAAGGAGAGGAACUCACUUAUGACUACAAAUUCCCAAUAGAAGAGGUCAAAAUUCCAUGUACAUGUGGGUCAAAGAAAUGCCGUAAAUAUCUCAACUAAGACAGUUGUUUGCCAACCACUGGAAAAGAAACUCCACGACUAGAGCGGUGUAAAUAAAAUUCAAGAAUGACUGUAAAUGGAAACUUGAUUUGUAGAUGAUGUGAGAGAAAAGUUGUGCCAUGAUGAUGAAAAAAGGAAAUCCUAUACUAGCCUACUGUGAUAUUGUUCUGUAACAGAGAUAUUAUCUAGAGUGUUAAUAAUACUGUAUUGGAACAGAAUUAUUGACAAAUCUCCACAAGGUGUUCUUUGUAUCAUUGAUAUUAUAAAAUUCUAUAUUCAAUUGAUUUUACUGUGAAAAUGGGUAUUAAUCUUUCUUUAAUCUAUACAUAAGAUAUACAACUCUUUGAAAACUAUGUUAAAUUGUUAGAAAUUAAGAUUCAGUACCAAUCAAGUGCUAAAAUAGCCUCUAUUUAUUUAAAGCACCAUGUUUGAACUCAGGAUACCAUGGGGUUUGAAAGAUAUUUGAAGACUGAGCAUUUUAAAGUGAUUGAAUAAAGGCAUGCAAAUGAGAUCAGAUAUUUCUAAAAAGGGAAAUAAUAUUGUGUUUCAUCUUUGAUUAUUUAAAUUGUUUCCAAAAUAAUAUAAAACAUGUUUUCAAACCAAACUGGUGACAUGACAUAUUAUACUACUAUGCACUUAUUUUAUGCAGUCGCCUGAAUCGAUUUGCAAAGAUUUAUUUCAAAUGAAAGACUGUUUGUUAUUCAUAUUCUGACAAUAUAUAUAUAGAAACUACCUACAAGAUGCAAUUGGCGUAUUAUGUCUACUUUAAGUUCUAGACACCAUGGUUUCAUUUCUGUAUUUAGUUAUAUUUAAAUUUGAAUUAAUGAAUUUACAAAGAUCUAAUAAAAACAGACCUUGAUGGGAUGAGGUUUGAUAAAUAAAAAAAGCAAUUGUUAUUUUCGUGUAUAUCAUUACCAGAAUAUAUUUUUAAUUGUAAAUAUGUAAUUACAAUGAAGUGUAAAAAUGUACAGUCGUUUAAAGCAACCAGAGAUGUGCUAUAUUUCAUUGUUCAUUGAUACAAGGACAUCAUUUCACAGCGUCAUGUGUUAUAAACUGAAAAAUAAAUCAUAUGGUUGAUCAUUAAGGGUGUUUGCAUACACAUAUUUUGUGUGUUGUAACAGGCCAGUAUUCACAUUGUUUUGAUAACAUAUAUAUUUGUGCCAUAAAAAAAAUUAAAAGGUAAACUACUGUUAUUUUAGCUAAUAUGUCAUAAACAUGCAAGAAUAUCUGUAAUUCUCAGUGUCAUUAUAUAGUGUCUUCAAUACUUAUUUGUUGCAAAAGAUUGAGGAGAUUCAAAUGCAAACUAUUGUGUGGUAAUUUAAGAAUAUUUCCUUGUUUGUAUGUUCAAAAGUAAAACUGUGAAAUGAUGUCCUUAAAUGUGAAAUAAACCUCCAUGAUUGAUAGCUAUUAUCUAUCUACAGUUGUUAGCAUUGUUUACAUUUUAUACAUUUACAUACACACAUAUAUUUAUUUGUUGUACAUAGUUUUAUAUUUUUUGUGUUUUCGAACAAUGAAUGGUCUCCUUUAGCAAUUGAAUACUAAAAAUAAAAUUUACAAAUUAUGGUAUUUAAAAA